AUGACUUUGUACUGCCCCCAGGAGCGCGAGCGGCACCGCAUCAGCGCGCGCCACAGGAAGAACGUGCAGGUGCUCGAGAACUCUUCCGAGGUCUUGGUGUGCGAGGAGGUCGGCGAGUACCGCGCCUGCGCGCAGGCGCUCGUGAGCACGGAGGACCUCGUGCUGGAGGUCGGCAGCCACGUGGGCGGCACCACGAAGGUGCUGAGACAAGCCUGCGGAGCCGCCAACCUGGUCGGCCUGGACCAGCAGGCGGACUUGGUAGCGCAGGCCCGAUGCAACCUGCCCGACGUCAGGUUCGAGAUCGGCGAUGCCUUCGACGCGCAGCGGGUGAUCGCCCUCGCCAAGGGCAUGCAGCCCCGGCGUUUCACGAAGGUCUUCAUCGACAUCAGCGGGAGCCGGGACCUGCCCACGGUGCCCCCGGGCGCUCGGGGCGAGGCGCGCGCGGAGGGAUCCUGCAAGCACGAGCUCCUCGGCGGGCGCUGCCUGGGCGUGCCGCUCGGGCAGCGAACACGCGUGGGUUUGCUUUGCGAUGCUCACAGGAAGGCAACCGUGUCAACAUUGUCGUUCGCCACGGUGAAGCCAUUGGACACGCAACUGAUCAGAUUUGCCCUCACAGUGCAAGGUGGUGCCAUGGCCGACUUGCGACGAGAGAUGCGCAGAAUACUCAAGGAGCAGCUCGUAGUCAUCAGGUCUGGCGCCUGCAGUGCUGAAGCAUCAUCUCACAGGGAGGCCGUGUACGACUUGUUCGUGCCAGGCGCCACGCCGAGCGCUAAGUAUCGACGGAGUCUUCUAGGGAGGCUAUUCAAUGGUGAUAUCCGGCGCCGUGGUCGAGUUGAGCAUUACUGCAAUGGGUGUUGUUCAUCGUUCAGAGAGACGCUGAGACUGAUGUGCGACGAGGGCAUGCAAUGCUUGUGCGGGUCAGGCGUCACCGUGCUGAACCGUUCGAACUGGACGGGGACCAGCGAGUGCAUCAACAGCAUCGGCCUGAUCUCGCACGUCCAUGGGCUCGCGCAGCAGGCGUGGAUGCGAGCAGUGCCUGGGAGGGAUCACAAGCUUCGAGGGGGCUGCCAGGCCCAUGCGGCGAAGGCGACUGGCGACGCCGAAGGCGGGCCAGGGCAGCCGAGCAUCUCUCGAGCUGACGACGCGCACGACGGCGGCGACGAGGACGUAGAGGGCGGCGACAUCUCUGUCUGGCGCCAAGAUGCCGAGACCAGGGUCAAGGACACCCAGAGUUGGAUUCUCGGUGGCACGUUCGAGGACGACUUGCUGAUUGCUCGAAUCCAGUACGGCCCGACGGAGACAUUGAUUCUCAACCAAUUAGCGUUGUCUGGCGUGGGAUGGGAACGGGAGCAGCAGGUUAAGUUUCUCCGUGACGGCUCCCGCACGUACCAGCUGUGGGAGGCCUACCGUGGCGAUCCAGAGAAACGGCUCAGAGACGAAGUCGCGGACUUGAUGUGCACUCCAGCUCUCUGGCGCACCCUUUCGAACCAGACGGAGGCCCAGGGCAUGAAGCUGUACGUGCUCUUGGCCAGGAUGGCCACUGCGACGUAUGAGCUGGUCGAGGUCCCCCAUCGUUGGUGGCCCUACAAGACUUUCGCAUCCUUGCAUGAUGGUUCUGUUCUUCAAGAGCUGAAGGAGUCACGUGGGUGCACUUGUUGUUUGGACGAGUUCACUGCUGGCUUUGUCGAGUACUACGGCGAGGCUGUUGGAGGGUCUUGCGCGCGGGCCGAGCUCAUGGCGUUGUUGAGCGUGAUGGAAUCAGACACGGGGUCGACCGAGAGGGAGCACUCCACGAACGAGAGGCGCAACAAGUUCCGCGUCCAGACCCACGAGAAACACUUGGAGGAGUUAUCAGCAUGGUUCUGUUGUCGCAGGUGUUGUUCGGACAGGAGAGACGUGGGCACCAAUGUUGAAAAGCGCAAGCGCCCGCGCGGCGCCGCCGCCGCGGUGGCGGUCGGGGAAUCCCAGAAGCCACCCCCGAGGAGAUACUCUUGGACGUGGAGGGCGUUCCUUCACGUGCAGGCGAAGGGUCGGUACAUUACGGCGGAGACUGCAGCUGAGAUGAGCCAAGCAUAUCGCAAUCUGUCAGCGGAUGAGAAAUCUUUUUAUGAGGAGUUGGGCGAGCUCGCCGCGAAGCAGAGGGCUGAGGGCCAUGAGAGUUUUCCUACGUACAGGCCGCCGCAGUCGUCCAGGGCAGGCGCGGCUGGUCGGCGCGCGCGCCAGUCGCGCGCGCUCCACGGCGGCGCUGGGCGACCUGGAGGCGUCGGCCCCGAACAUGAUGGCGCACCUGCAGUCGAGCUCGUACCCGCGGGCGGGGGCGCCGAGGAGGAGACGCCGCCGCCGUGCGGCCGCAUCCUGACGGAGUCGCGGUUGGUCCUCUGCCGCGAGCGUGCUCUGGCUGCCGCCCAGGAGAAGGAGGAGCGAGCCAGGGUGACUGAGCUGCGGGAUAACUCGCGCCGAGUUGUCGAUGGAGAGGCGCAGUCCUGGUCGUUCGUUGGCGGGUCAGCUGCGUGCUCGGAUGUGGCCUUGCCUCGUGGCGAUCUUACCGCUGAGCCGUCCCCUAUGCUCGUGAUGACUUGGAACCGUUCUGCGGAGACGGUUCGAACGGCUGCCCUGGAGCAUUUGGCCAAGACCACCCUGAAGGCGAACGGAGAGAGAUGGCAAGAUUUGCAUCGCUACAUCCGUGUCCAGGACGUCCCUCAGCUUGGAAGAGUUCCAACGAAUCGUCGGCGCUGCUGGGAAGCCCAGGAGUGCAUCUGCAAGGGAAGCGGGCGGUUCAAGGACCAGUGGAUGGACAAGUUCUUGGCAUCUCUUCGCAUCUGUUCUCGAAUGAAUGGCAACUUUCGGCCCUUGCUGAAGCGCGGCCAUUUGGUUGCACGGUUCGGGUGUGUCAAUCCUGGACGAGCUGGCCCUGAUCAUCCUGUUGGAGAUCCCGUGCCCGAUGAUGUCUCAGAUGUUUGGUUGCACGUGGCAUUGUUCUACGAGAAGCCGAUCAGGCCGACGUACAUCUACAUGGAAAGGGAUCCCGACCGAGAUGAAGCUGGCACUUUGGGCGUGGCUCCGUGGUGCGGCCCGAACUCUGAGGAUCUCUACCUGGUUACGCAGUGGGAGGCCUUCGGGUACAUGGAGCUUCGCCCGAACACCAAGUCCUGGACGCUGACGUGGUAUGAGCUGGUCUGCUUCCCCAAGCGCCUGCUGCGACCAUUCGAGCCCCGCCGCCAACGAGUCAGGCACAUGGGCUUCGAGCCGAUCGACCUGCUGAGGCGCGGCCGAGCGGCGCGCGGGCGCAGCGCCGCUGGCGCCGAGGAGCCGCAGCCAGAGGCGGGUGUCUCGUCGGACUCAGGCUUGAGCUUGCGGCGCGGGUUCAGCGACGCCGAGGUGGAGCCUGAGGAGGUGUCCGAUGGAGGUUCCGAGGGCCAAGAUGUCGUAGGUUCUGCCGAGCUGGACUUCGCCGAGGAGCACGGCCUUUUCGAGCCCGUCGGCGGCGCCACGUCGGAGGAGUCGGGCGGCGCCGAGUCGGAGGGCUCCGACCAUGGGUCCAUCCGCGACGUUGACGUCGAGAAGGCGUUGCAGGAGAUGGAGGGCGAGGCACCUUCUGGCGCGCCUGCUGCUGAUCCCGUUCCUGUCGAGCCUGCUGCAGUCGAUCCCGCGCCUCUUCCAGCUGCGUCGGGCGAGGACGAGAUGCCCAGUUUCGAGCUCGCGGCGGAACUGCCGAAGGCUGGCGCCAAAAAUCCACCGCAUAUCGUUAUCAGAGUUUUCGGGUAUGGUUCUGAGGCUUACUUGAGAUAUUACCCCAAGAAGGCGCAGAUUGUAGCUGAGUGUAAGAGGCACAGAGGUGCCGCGCUGCUGGAGCGACGCAGCGACGACGGCUUCGUCGCCGACGCCAACUGGUUGACGGAGUUCUUGAUGCAGCGCGCAGCCGCCGACGCAAACGACCCAGUCCUCAGGGUCGGCAUUGCCGCCAUCGGCGUGCGCGAUCAGGCCGUGGCCAUGGCCACCGCUGGUUCUGCGCGCGCGCGCAAGCGCGCCGUGUCCCGUGUCGCUGAGGCUCUCGCUGCCGAUUCCGACGAGGCCGAUGGCUCGGAGCGCUCCAACCCUGAGGAGAACGACGACGAGCUUUUCCAGGAUGCUCGGCAGCGCGGGCGUGCAGCCGUCAAGGUCCUGAAGGUCGAUGCGAAGCCGAAGGCGAAGCCGUCGGGCAAGUUUCGCGUCUGCGGCCGAUCAGGCUGCUCCAAGAAGGAGACGGCCGACAUGCGGUUCCCAGAUGCGUCGAUCGCUGCGUGCGAGAGGUGCUACUACCCGUGGGAGUGGGCCUGGAAGGAGAAGCAUCCCAGCUGGCCGAAGUUUUGCCAGCAGCUCAACCAGGAGAAGACCUUGAACGACCAGUUCGAGGUGUCCGCGGAGUGCGCGGAGGACGCGCGCAACAAGGCUUUCGACGAGGAGAGCGUCGACAUCGUCUCGCGAUGCGGCUUCAGGAUGGCGCACCACUUCAGGGUUUGGAAGGAGCAGCCCUUUCGCGAGGCCACCUCCAUGCCCGCUGACGUCGAGCCCAAAGAUCUGGAUCUCAAAGCUUCAUCGAUCAAGUUCCCUUCGGGCGCUAGCGUGGAUGGAUAUGUGACGGUGAACCCUGACAAGCCCUUCGUCGACGUGGACAGGAUUGAGGAGUACUUCGUCGAGAGGCGUUCCCAGUCGCUCACCGAGGCGCGCCAUGUCCUCAGGGAUCAGGGGAAAAAGAUUUUCAAAGCCGAGAUCUCGACGCUCAAGGCCAAGAUGCCCACCGCCAUUCGCGGCAGGACCACCCCUCCGACGCUGGGGUCCAUCGCGUUUGAGGCCAAGGUGAAGAGCGACGGCAAGGGGGGCAUCCAGCCUCAGCAGCAUCCAGGCGGCGGCCCUUUCGUUAACCAGGGCGGCCGUGGGCAUGCUGCAGACAGUGCAGCGGACAGUCUCCCAGCAUCCGUACCCGAGGACUCUGGCAGCGGCGUCGCGGCCGCGGGUGGCAAGGCCGCCAGCUCCGCUGGUGGCAUGGAGGCCUUAUCGAAGCCCAGAUCGCCAGCGGCUGUCGACGAGAUGGAGAGGAUCAGGCAGCUCGAGACCGACUGCGACAUCGCGAAGAUCUUGGAGGGCUACAAGCUCGGCGAUAGGGAGUACGCCGUCACACGCUUCAGCCCGAAGCAACCCAAUGCCAAGGAUAGGAGGGACGCGCUGAUCGAAGUCAUCGAGACGGCGAAGCAGAUUUCCACGCACAACAUGCACAACCUCAGGGGCAAGAACGAUUUGAAGACGAAGUACAUCAACGAGCUGAAGAAAAACAACGUGAAUUUCCAGAGCUGCCCGAAGUGGUGCCGCACUCUGGUUUCAGAGACCCUCCAUGCCAACUUAGACUUGGAUGCAGUGUGGGACAUCAUCAACCCGUUCGCUGAGGCGGAAGAUGGCCCUGUUAAGUUCGACCCUGCUUGCCCGAAGCUCUCGGGAGUUGCCGAUGAACUGGAUGUGACCAUCAAUAUCGCAAGGGACCACGCCUUGAACUACCUGCUCAUCCCGAUCAUCCAGAAUAAGACCGAUCAGCUGGAUACUGCCAAGGGGCUCCGAAGCACCUUGAGGGAGUGUGUUCGUGCUUCACUUGGGCUGCCACAGGAGAUCAAGAAGUUCUACAAGGACAUGCAGGUCUGCGCGGCCAUCCUGGACACGAUCUCCGACCACUCUGCGGAGGCCGUGGCCUCCAUCGAGGUCGACUUGGCUGACUUUCGGAAGAUGCUCCACGGCGACUAUGACAAGGAGUGGUCGUCGUUCGCUCGCGCUUUGGACUCGGACGAUUACUGGAGGCAGGAGAAGAUAGAGUGGCGACGCGCUUCUCAAGGUGACCUGCAGGAGAUGGAGAAUAUAACGAUGACCAGGCAGUCGCUCGAGGGCGAGGUCUCCGACGUCACGGUGUUCACCAAGACCGUAGCGUCCCUGAUGAAGUGGUUCACAAUAUGCAGGUCUUCUACUCCGACCCCCGCCAUGCAUGAUUUUUUCUCUGCGGCCGAGCAGUUCAUGGACCGUCACGCCUUGCUAACGGACGAGGAGAACGCGCCGAAGAUGGACCAGUUCAAUUCCUUGCUCACAGGCCUUCUCGAGCUCAACAACUGCUUCUCGAAGGGCGAGGCCCGUGAAGGGGUCACCAGGACUUUCGGGCCUCGGCUGCACCGCUUAGUGGAGAGGGUUCGGGAGCUGCAGUCUCAGGUGUCCAAGUCUGUCUCGUCGAGCGCGAUUUUGCAGGCCUUGCAGAAAGCGGCGGUUGUCGAGAACAUGAGCGCUCAGGCAAAGAUCGUCAAGACCGAGCUCGGGCAGUUGGGAAGCGUCAGGUUCUCCGACCCACCACACCUGAGCAUCAUAUUCAAUGCUGUGGACGCCAUGGCCGCUACCGCAUGCAAUAACAUCAAGAUGGAUACGGCGACAGAUAUCGACGACUUUCUCGUUGACGAGGUGGCCGACAUGUUGGAGCUAACCACGAAGGUGUGCGACCUAGCGGAGUGCGACGACGAGGAGCAGCGCAUCAACGGCGCUGCUCGCCGCGUGAAGCUCAUGACGAUUGUCUUGAACACGACUCGCGCCCUCAAGGAGCUGGUGCAAUUCGGAAAUGCAGCUGAGCAGGUUUCAAACACGGAGGGCACCAAAGCAUACCAGUGCCUGAAGGGCACCGUCGGGGAGCUCAAAAAGAUGUGCAGCCUGAUGGAUGACCAGCCUGGAGGGACCCACGGCAACUUCAUCAGCAUCGCUCAGAUCAAAAACAAGUUCGAGUACCUCUUGGCCACGGCGGCGGGCACGACACUGUCCUUCGAGAAUGCCGACAUCGACUCUACCCUCGCCGACGCCACCGAGUAUCAGAACAGGUUGAAAUCCAUCGUCAGUUUUGGCAACGUUGAUCGUGGCUGGAGGGCAGGCCUCGACGACAGUGCAGAGUGGACGGCGGUGGUCAAGCAUGCUCGCUCGACGGUCUUCGCAACGAAAGGCUUGGCGGCCAAGGUGGGCUCCGCCAUCGCGGCCCUGGAGAAAGCCAUCACCAACGUCCGCGACACCUGCAAAUCCUACGAGCAGGACGGCAAGUGCGACGAGAUCGUGAGGGCAAUGGAGAAGACGAUCCACCUGGCAAGGCUCACGCAGAUGGAGGCCGCCGCCAUCCAGAAGAUUCGCGAUAACGAGAGCUCCAGUACUGAGGUGAGGGCCACGGCCAUCCAGAACGUGCUGGACGUCCUCCCAGAGAACGGCAUCGCCCAGAACGAGUUCCACCUGGCGGUGCAGAAGAAGCUGAACGAGGCCAUGCGGGCCUGA